AAGACCAGCGCGCGAGUUGUUUGGGAAUCGGAAUGCUCAUCGAGGUAAUGGCAGCAAGCGAAUUCUAAGGCCCCCUGCACAAUGUCGACGGCUUCAGUUAACAGCUGGUGUCUCACCUCCGUCUCUCCCGCUAAGAGAUUACAACCCACAUUACGUCCCUCGGUCUUUGCUAGCCUUGAGAAACGAAGAAAUGGGAAAGGAUUACAAUGAAGCCAUUGAAUCUCUCAAGAAACUCCUCAGUGAGAAGGAAGAGCUGAAAACUGUUGCAGCAGCCAAAGUGGAGCAGAUAACAGCUGAGUUACAGACUGCCUCAUCUCCUGACGCCAAGGCAUUCGAUCCUGUUGAGAAGAUUAAAUCUGGCUUCAUUCACUUCAAGAAGGAGAAAUAUGACAAGAGUCCGGGAUUGUACUCCGAGCUUGCCAAAGGCCAAAGCCCCAAGUAUAUGGUGUUUGCAUGCUCGGAUUCUCGGGUUUGCCCAUCCCAUGUUCUUGAUUUUCAACCAGGGGAAGCUUUUGUGGUCCGAAAUGUGGCUAACAUGGUCCCUCCAUAUGAUCAGACUAAAUACGCUGGAGUUGGGGCAGCAGUAGAAUAUGCAGUUUUGCAUCUGAAGGUGGAAUACAUUGUGGUCAUUGGACACAGUGCCUGUGGUGGAAUUAAGGGCCUCAUGUCCUUCCCAUUUGAUGGAACUACAUCUACUGAUUUCAUAGAAGAUUGGGUCAAAGUUUGUUACCCUGCCAGGACUAAGGUUUUAGCUGAACAUGGCAAUUUAGAUUUCCCAGAACUAUGUACGCAUUGUGAAAAGGAGGCAGUGAACGUAUCCCUUGGACACUUGCUAACCUACCCAUUUGUGAGAGAUGGCUUGGUGAAAAAAACUCUAGGACUGAAGGGUGGUUAUUAUGACUUUGUCAAAGGCAGUUUUGAGCUGUGGGGGCUUGAGUAUAGCCUUUCUCCCUCCCUCUCU